AUGUGUCGGCAGACGUGUCCUCAACGCCCUCCCAGCGCUAUGACCAGCGACAGAAAGGCUUCAUGCACGUAUAUUGUCCCCUUUUUUCCCCACCAGAAAAUGCCGGUCAUCAAUAUAGAAGAUCUGACGGAGAAAGAUAAAUUAAAGAUGGAAGUGGAGCAGCUGAAGAAGGAGGUGAAGCUGGAGAGGCAGCUGGUCUCCAAAAUGUGUGAAGAGAUCAAGACUUACAUCGAAGGCAACUCCGGCGAGGACCCUCUCGUAAAGGGCAUUCCAGAAGACAAGAACCCAUUCAAGGAGAAAGGAGGAUGUGUCAUUGCUUAA